CUCUCUCUCUCUCUCUCUCCUUCUUGGUCCGUCGUGACCUCUCCCUCGCUUUCUCGAGAAAAAUAACCAAAUCCGAAAGGCCGCCCCCGCCAUGACCAAGAUUUUCCCCGAAAAUUUCUAGCUCCGGGGAGCUUCCGCAGUUCUAGAAUCUUCUGCUGGUAAAAUGGCGGCGGCUGUUGCUUCUCUGUGUUUCUCGGCCAUCGGUCAAUCCUGCGAGAAGAGAUCGCUCGCCUCAUCGACGGCGCGCAGCUUCGGCUCGAACUUUGAGGGGAUUCGGUUCCGUCCGAGUGUAUUGUCCGAUUAUGGAGGAGCGAGGACUUCGACUUCGGCUUCGAGCUCUCGCAUGGUCGUUCACUGCAUGUGCACUGCAGUAGAUGUUCCCACUGUUGCCCAGACAAAGCAGAACUUUCUCAAGGCAUACAAACGACCCAUUCCAAGUGUCUACAACACGGUGUUGCAGGAGCUGCUUGUCCAGCAGCAUUUGAUGCGGUACAAGAAAUUCUACCAGUAUGAUCCUGUGUUUGCCCUUGGUUUUGUGACCGUGUUCGAUCAACUCAUGGAAGGGUACUCAAGUGAUGAGGACAGGGAAUCGAUUUUUCUGGCAUACAUUCGAGCCUUGAAUGAGGAUCCAGAGCAAUACAGAGUUGAUGCACAAAAGUUGGAAGAAUGGGCCCGCAACCAAAGUUCAGACUCAUUAGUUAAUUUUUCAUCUAGAGAAGGGGAAAUUGAAGAGAAGUUGAAGGACAUUGCCGAAAGAGCUAGGGGUAAGGGGAGUUUUAGCUAUAGCCGCUUCUUCGCCGUGGGCCUUUUUCGUCUUCUUGAACUGGCAAAUGCAACAGAGCCUACUGUAUUAGAUAAGCUCUGUGCUGCUUUAAAUAUAAACAAGAGAAGUGUGGACCGUGAUCUUGAUGUAUACCGUAACCUGCUCUCCAAGCUGGUUCAGGCGAAGGAUUUACUGAAAGAAUAUAUUGACAGGGAGAAGAGGAAACGAGAAGAAAGGGCAGAGUCCCAGAAGGCUAAUGAGGCUAUCACAAAAUGCGUAGGGGAGUACCAAGAAGUUGGCCAAUAGUUCACUAUAAUCACUUCUCCAAUCUGCAAUAGAGGCCACUACCUUGUGAACUUUCUAAUUUUGAGCUAUUAGAGUCGGAGGUGACAUGGUUUUGGUUCUUUGCCUCGUCCUGUGCAUUUGCACACUAAAUGUGUCGUUUAUAUGUGAAUUCUGGCGAUCCAUAGCUUCCCAUUUUUCUGGAAAAUAUAUUUUUAUAGACUCAAUCAAUGAAUUUGCUUACUGUGUCCUCUCAGAAACUAAUGUAUCUAUUUGCGCAAAUGCAAUACAUCUUUCGGGUUCUUGCUCUUUU